CUGCGUUUUUGCAACUACGGUCCGUCUCCGGUGGCUGGCGGCAAUCUUUUAUGAAAUUUCUGAAUAACUUUCAAAACGGGGAAUUUUAAGGGCAAACUCGAACUAAUCCCAAAAGUCAAACUUUGCAACUGUCAAUGGAGAAGCUGUCAAACGUCGAGGCGUCGGCGACGGAGGAGGAGGAGGGGGGACCUCUGAACGUUACCAAGUUAAUAGGCGGCAGCAUCACGGCCAAGGACAUCCGGCUGCUGCAGCAGGCCAGCCUGCACACCGUGGAGGCGGUGGCCAAUGCCACAAAGAAGCAGUUGAUGGCCAUCCCAGGACUGGGCGGCGGCAAGGUCGAGCAGAUCAUCACGGAGGCGAACAAACUGGUACCACUGGGCUUUCUCAGUGCUCGCACCUUUCACCAGAUGCGAGCGGAUGUAGUGCAACUGACCACUGGCUCCAAGGAACUGGACAAGCUCCUAGGCGGUGGCAUUGAGACGGGUUCCAUUACGGAGAUCUUUGGCGAGUUCCGUUGUGGCAAGACGCAGAUCUGCCAUACGCUGGCCGUCACCUGCCAGCUGCCCAUCAGCCAGAAGGGCGGCGAGGGCAAGUGCUUGUAUAUUGAUACGGAGAACACCUUCCGCCCAGAGCGGUUGUCGGCCAUCGCUCAGCGUUACAAGCUCAAUGAGGCCGAGGUACUGGACAAUGUGGCCUGUUCAAGGGCCUACAACUCGGACCAGCAGACGCGGCUUAUACAGAUGGCAGCGGGCAUGCUCUUUGAAUCGAGAUACGCCGUCGUCAUAGUGGAUAGUGCCAUGGCUCUCUACCGAUCGGAUUAUAUAGGACGAGGCGAGUUGGCCGCUCGCCAGAAUCAUUUGGGCUUAUUCCUGCGCAUGCUGCAACGGCUGGCGGAUGAGUUUGGCGUGGCCGUGGUCAUUACCAAUCAGGUGACUGCCUCGCUGGACGGCGGCCCAGGCAUGUUUGCGGGAGACGCCAAGAAACCAAUCGGAGGACACAUAAUGGCGCACUCCUCCACCACGCGACUAUAUCUGCGCAAAGGCAAGGGCGAGACGCGAAUAUGUAAGAUAUAUGAUUCACCCUGUCUGCCGGAAUCGGAGGCAAUGUUUGCCAUCCUACCGGAUGGUAUAGGAGAUGCCAAGGAAAAUUGAUUUCUAGCAUUAUUUAGUAUUUAAGAAAGUAAAAUAUUUAUAAAAUAAAGGGUUUACGAAUGCAGCUU